UAGCAAUAAAAAAUGUCUAUGACUAUGAUUUGGUCUUUUACGCCCUGUUUGUUAAGCUGGGUGUUAUUCUAAUACCCAUGUCCAGUAGUUAUAUUGAUGAGGAGACAUUUAAGCAAGUGUUCCUAAAAUUAAAUAAAUGGGAUAUAUUUUUAAAGAAAGUACUGAUGCAUCCUGUUAUUCAUAUGAAGCUAACAUCUGGAACCCCCAAGCAUAUAAAAUGGGGAACCUUUUUUUCUGGACUUCCACUGCCUGAACAAGCAUGUUUAAAAAAGUCUCCUGCAUUAUUCAAAGCCAAACAUAAUUGA